AUGGAACCUCCAGGCAACGUGUGGCCACCUGCCCCCAUCAUCUACAUCAAUGCCUUUCCUGGAAUAGGCAAGCUUACAAUCGCCAAACAUAUGGUCUCACUCUUUCAAGCCGGGACUGUCAAGCUUGUUCACAACCAUCUUCUCAUCAACCCGGCAGAUGCGAUCCUUGACCGUGAUCAACCAGGCUAUCAGAAACUUCGCCGCAAGAUCCGUCGUACCAUAUUCAAGCCUCUCAUCAAAAACGAGGCAACGCACUCUAGUGCUUAUAUUUUUACCGACUUCCAAACCGACAACGAUCUUGGCAUUGAUACCAGCCUGGAAUACAUGUACUGCGCCGAGGAACGGCGCUGCCAGUUCAUCCCAAUCACCCUUGUGUGCGAUGAAGAGGUGAACCUGCGGCGACUGGUUUCCGAUGACCGCACAAGUCACGGCAAGCUCGUGGAUGUAGAGUUUGUGAGAAACUUCCGGAGAAAUUCCAAGGUGUUUGGUUUCGAAGGGCAUACCGACGGCUUUACUCUGGAUGUCACCUACCUUUCGGCAAAGGAAGCGGCCGUUGAGAUAGCACGUCACUUGGUAAAGGUCUCAAUGGCGAUGAGGGUGCGCGUAAAGGACACCAAGACCACUACAGAAGAGGAUAUGGACCAAGAUGAAGAUGGCGUACUUCUGGACUUGUGA